AUGAAUCUCAGUGCCCUCAUUAGCCUGUUGACCUUUGCGGUGGCGGUCACCGCUGAUGCAAAGGCUCAACAAUCCCCUCAUUUUUCAGGUUCCAUCGCUAAUCUGAAGACCAAGAUUAAAAAUGUUGUCAUCCUGGAAAUGGAAAACCGCUCUGUAGAUAACCUGCUCGGUGGGCAGACUCUCAAGGGACUGGAUAAUCCUAUUAACAACGGCCCCUUCUGCAACCCGUACAACUUGACCGAUCCUUCAGCUGGCAAGGUGUGCAGCUCUGCUAAGGACUUUGACUCUAUUCUGGAUGAUCCUGACCACUCGGUGACUGGAAACAAUAUCGAGUUUUACGGCACUUUUGCCCCAAGCAAUGUCCAUAUUGCCGAGGGCACGCUCACUCCUACCCAGUGUGGCUUUGUGCAUGAGCAGUUGCGCAGCUAUGGCGACGAUGCCGACAAGGCUUACCUGGCCAAACAAGUCAUCAACUACUACAUCGAGGACGAAGUGCCAGUAAUGACUACGCUGGUGCAGAACUAUCUCACCUUCAACCACUGGCAUUCAGAUCACCCCGGUCCCACCAACCCCAACCGUGCUUUUGUACUCUCAGGUACAUCUGCCGGUCACGGCACCAACGAUGAUGCCUUCAACCCAGAUGUCCACGGUCUCACUCAACGUUCCAUCUUCCAGCAGCUGUCGGAAACCAACCACACCUGGAAGAAUUACUACACAAGCCCUAGCAUGGUUGACGCCUACUUCUUUGACUGGACCUUUACAAGCGGCAACUCCGACAAAGCAGUCCCCCUGGAUAACUUCUACGCUGAUGCUGCAGCCGGCAAGCUCCCAGAAUUCUCCUUUAUCGACCCGUCCUGCUGCGGCGUGGGCACAAACUCCAUGCACCCUACCGGCCUCGUUUCCGAAGGCGAAGCUCUCAUCAAGAAUGUCUAUGACGCAGUCCGCUCUAGCCCGCAGUGGGAAGAGACGCUCUUGAUCCUCACCUUCGAUGAGACAGGCGGUUUCCACGAUCAUGUCCCGCCCCCGCUGGCUACCCGCCCGGAUGAUUUGACUUACACUGAGAUCGCACCCUCCGGCGAGAAGUAUACAUUCUCCUUUGACCGUCUCGGCGGUCGCGUCCCGGCUCUCUUGAUCUCGCCGUGGAUCGCUAAGGGUCAGGUCGAGCAGAUGGGCACUAACUCGGAUGGUAAUGUCGUGUCUUACUCUGCUUCUUCAAUCCUGCGCACUCUCGGUUAUCUCUGGGACUUUGAGCCUUUCACGCCUCGUGUUGGAUCUUCGCCUUCGUUUGAGCAUCUUAUUCAGACUACCGCACGUCCUGAUACACCUAUAAAUCUGCCGGUACCCAAGGCGGCCUUUAGAAAAACGGAGAUCUAG